GAGACUUUCAUCAGCGCCUGGAUCAGCUCGACUCCUCCAAUGCUUUGGCCGUACGGAUGGUGAAUGAUCAGCUGAUGUAUUUAGAGAGAGCUUUCAUAGAUCCGCUGGGUUUACCCGGAAGACCCUUUUACAGGCAUAUAAUUUUUGCACCCAGCAGUCAUAAUAAAUACGCCGGCGAGUCUUUUCCAGGGAUUUAUGAUGCUCUGUUUGACAUAGAGAACGCAGCAGAGCCAGAGAAAGCCUGGAAUGAAGUCAAACGGCAGAUCAGCAUUGCCGCAUUCACCGUCAACGCAGCCGCCGAAACACUCAAACCUGUCGUCAGUGAAACUAAAAUAUCUAUAAACAAUUAAUUAAUA